UACAGCGAAACUGAAGUAGCAGUAUGAGACAGGCAUCGCAUCUCCAACUCAAGAACUUUUUGUUUUCGCUAAACUGAAAUUUGAUAUUUAUGUGAGCACUCACAGUCUAAAGAAGAUCGAUCCCAAGCUGUCAAACGUUUGGGACUUUCAAUUAUUUUUCUUAGCCUCUCAUGUUUAGGAUCAAGGCAACUGAGCUAAGCCAGUUCGCUUUCUCCCGCUGGUAAAACCUGCCUCCACAUGUCAUUGUAAUGGCAUGGCAGUGAAAUUUCAGCACCCUGUAUAUUCACAGAGCUCUUUGGCUUGUCUGAGUAUUUCUACGUAAAUCCAACAUUUCUCAAGGCAUUUCACAAGGACUGCGAUGUGUCACUGGACUCUGUUCUCCUUGGUUGCACUCUUUGGAUUCACUUUUGAUUCAGGGCUUGGCAGGGUGGCUGCAGGGGUGGGUCAUCGCUGUGAGAACCAGGCUUGUAACCCCCGCAUGGGGAACCUGGCCUUGGGCAGGAACCUACUCACCGAGUCAGUGUGCGGACACAACUCCACCGAACUCUACUGCUCUUAUACAGAGAAUGCAAACAGGUCCUGCAGGCCGCCCAAGUGUGGGAAAUGUAACGCGGCACACCAUCAGCACUCCCACCUGCCCGCGGCCAUGACAGACUCCUCGUUCCGCUUUCCCAACACGUGGUGGCAGUCUGCAGAGGGCGUGCAGCGGGAGACCAUCCAGCUGGACCUGGGGGCAGAGUUCUACUUCACCCACAUGAUCAUGGUGUUCAAGUCCCCCCGGCCGGCCGCCAUGUUGCUGGAGAGAUCACAAGACUUCGGGAAGACUUGGAGGCCUUGCAAAUACUACGCCACCAACUGCAACGAAACAUUCGGCUUGGGGGAUGACACUGAACAGGAAGGGGCCCUCUGCACUACCAAAUACUCCGGAGCCUUCCCCUGCACACGAGGAGAGGUUAUAUACCGGGCCCUGUCACCCUUGCAUUCAGCAGUGGACCCUUACAGUGCAGAAUCCCAGGACCAGUUGAAGGUGACCAACAUUCGAGUGCAGCUCCUGAAGAGGCAGCAGUGCCCGUGUCUGGGUAAAGACCCAGCCACCAAACCACAGCACCUGGCGCACUACGCGGUCUACCAUUUCAUUGUGAAGGGCAGCUGUUUCUGCAAUGGCCAUGCUGAGCAUUGCGUAACAGUGGAUGGGUAUCGCUCAGUCAGGGAAAGGACACAUCAUAUGGUCCACGGAAAGUGCAUUUGCAAGCACAAUACAGCAGGUGAUCAUUGUCAGCUCUGCACACCACUUUACAAUGACCAGCCCUGGCAGCCUGCUGACGGCACAACCGGGGCCCCCCAUGAAUGUAAGAAGUGCAAAUGCAAUGGGCACGCAGACAGCUGCCACUUCGAGCAUAGCGUGUGGUUGGCGUCAGGGAAGCGCAGCGGAGGAGUGUGUGACCACUGCCAGCACAACACAGAGGGGCAGCACUGCCAGAGGUGCAAGACUGGCUUCUACAGAGAUCCCCUCAGACCCUUCUCUGCUCCAGAUUCCUGCAAACCUUGUGCCUGCCAUCCUGUUGGUUCUGUACCAUAUCAACUCAGUGCCUUCUCCCUUUGUGACCCGAGCAACGGGGAGUGUGUCUGUAAGCCCGGAGUUGGGGGCCCACACUGUGACAAGUGCAUGGUGGGAUAUUGGGGCUUUGGAGAAUACGGCUGCCGACCGUGUGACUGUGCUGGGAGCUGUGAUCCAUUCACUGGGGACUGCAUUAGCAGCAGUUCUGAUGUAGACUGGUACCACAAGAGUGACUAUCUCUCCCAGCACAAUGAGACUGAGCCCGUGUGGGACUGGGUGGAUGAACAAGGCUUCUCAGCUCUCCGGCAUUCAGGUAAAUGUGAAUGUAAAGAGCAGGUCUUGGGAAACCCCAAAAUAUUCUGCGCCAUGAAGUAUACCUACAUCCUGAAAAUAAAGAUUCUCUCAGCUCAUGACAAAGGCUCACAUGCAGAAGUAAACGUCAAGGUCAAAAAGGUAUUAAAACCCACAAAAAUGAAGAUCGUUGAUGGGAGAUUGACACUGUACCCUGAAUCCUGGACAACCCGAGGCUGCACGUGUCCAAUUCUAAACCCUGGGACGGAAUACCUGGUGGCAGGACAUGAGGAUCGGAGGAUGGGUCGACUGAUUGUCAACAUGAAAAGUUUUGUCAAACCCUGGAAACCAGACCUCGGGAGAAAAGUAAUGCAGUUUUUGAAGACUGACUGCAAGUGGUAAAUUUAAGGUGAAGAACAGAUUUGUAUUCUGUGCACUAAGUGGGUUUAACUGAUGAGUGAACACCCAAGAAGCAGAAAUGGAUUAAAGUGCCAUAAAGUAUAGGUACUGAGGUACGAUAGGACUCAAACCAAAGCUGGCAAUAUUUCCUGCAUACCUAACUUCAUUCUCUAAAGCACUUUACUAUCUGUUGGGUCAAGGCAUUAAAGACUGUGGGAUUAGAUGCUUCUUAAAAACAAAAUUUAAAAAAUAAGCAACGUAGCAGAUAAUGGCCCUGCUUCACCAGGAAAGACAUGGAAAAGUCCAUAAAUGAAGUUUGAAGUGGAAGAUUGUACUUCAGCAAUCUCUACACACUCGUUGUUUGAUUGUUGCUGUUAUGGGGAUGUCAUCUUAAUGAAUCUUGAAGGUUUUUGUCUGACUGAAUAAUGCAAAGGUGGGAUCAAAAGUGAAAAUUUCGUUUUCUUUAUGAUUUUUACAUUGAAUAUUCAGCUUGUGCUGAUGCAUUAUUUGAGGAAAGAUCCCAUAAUGCACACACACUACACUUAGCUAUUCUGAGGACAUACUGCAUCUUAAUGAUUGAUAGCUCACUGUAUUUCAGAAGAUAAAAUAAUUGGUGGAAAAUAGGUCCUUUGGGUUCAGAUCAAAAUAGCCAUAACAAGCCAUUGCUUGAACAUUAUUUUAAAAUAAUUUUGUGUAACGUAUGCUUAAACAGUAAGCAGCAGGGUUCCGAAAAACAUAGCGUUAUACAUCCUCAUGUGUUGCUACAAGUGUUUAAAUAACGUACCUAUCAUUUUUCUUUUCAUUGUUAACAUACUGACAACUUUUUACUCUUAUAACUUUAAAGUCUGUAUCAAAGCUCUUUUCAAAAUGUCCGCUCUAGUGCACUGGGGAUUGAGAUCUGUCCUCUAAAUCACUGCAGGUAGAGCAAUUAAAAAAAAAAAAAAAAAAAAGUGCUCUGGCUUUUCUGUUUCAUACCACAUCAUGGAUCGUUAUUGCUGUGUUACCUGUUUGACAAUAUGGGCAAUAAUCCUUACACUAGUAGUGCACUAGAGCAGACAUUUUGAAAAGACAUUUGAAACAGACUUUAGAAUUAUAAAAGUGUAAAAAGUUGUCAGUAUGUUAAAAAAUGAAAUGAAAAGUUACAGGUACGUUAGUUAAACAGUUGUAGCAUCACGUGGGGACGUGUUACGCUAUAUUUUUCAGAACCCCACUACUUACUCUUUAAGUUAAAAGGAAAGAAAGACAGUGUUCAAAAAUGAACUUUAUUUUUCAAGGGGCCCUACACACAGCUUUAACUCAUUAGUUAUUAAAUAACAUUUUUUAAGUCUAUUUUGAGAAAAGUUUGAAGUUCAUGUAACAUUUUAACCAUUGUUGGUGUGUUUAGCAACAAUGUAGAACAGUUUCUUGUAUACCAAACUUCUGAAAAACAUAUGCGUUAAAACUCUUUGAAUAGGGACCAUUAUUUCAUAAAGAUAGAUGUAUGUAUGUAUGUAUGUAUGUAUGUAUGUAUAUAUGCACUUACUAGAUAUCUGACAACUACUUUUUAUAUGUUCAUGUACAGUAUAUAAUAAAAAUGUAAAUUUGAUUUGAUUCUGAAUUGAGGUUUAACUAACAGCUGUUUCAACUGCAAAUGUCUUAUGCAUCAUUUGAGAUGCCAGCUUCAUAUUUUAGUGUUCUGGAAACUCCUCUAGCAAAAUAUGAUUUUACCCUUCAUAUUGGGGUCAGGUGUUUUCUUUUAUCUUCUGUCAGGUUCAAUGUUUUGUGUCAGUUAUUUUACAAAACUGUUGCCAUGUAAGAGUCAAAGCCUCAUAUAAUAAUCUCAGACACCACUUGAGGUUGUGUCUUUAUAUUUGCAUGGUUGUAUAAACUCUGUAUCUUAAUGUGAUGAUGGCCAUGACUGACCUCUGAUCUAAUAUACCUGCCAUAUUAAGGCCUUCUCUUGGGUAUAGAGGCAGUUAAUAUUUAGUACAAAGCUGUAUUCUGUGAUUUUAUUAAUGAUUCAUAUCUUGUUCACAUACUUCAUUUUUACAAAGCAUUAGAUUACAGAUGCCAAUUCCCUUUUCAUUACACCCCCAGGGGUGCCUUGACUGUGUUCAUGAAAACUCAAUUGACUUGAUUUGUUGAGUUCUGCACCUUUAGAAUCUGAGCACGGAAUUGUAAAUGUCACCAUAGCCACCUUUCGUAACAAUGUCUGAAUCAUGUACUUGCAUAUAUCAUCAUCAACAUCAACAAUUAAACACUUGCUGAUCAGGGUAAUGGUACUAGUCUUGGUAAGAUGCAGAAUUUUCAUUUUUUAUUUCAGGCAUUCUAGAUCCCCCAAGGCUGGUGGAAUAACACCACAGUUCUUGGUCUGUUUAAGGAAAUAUACAUUAUGUUAUGUGUACUAUAAAGAAAACUCCUAGUCAGUUUUUAAACUGUUUUCAACAUUCAAAAAAGGCACAAAUAUAGUAUCAAAAGGAGUAGCCAUGAACUGAAGCAGUCAAACAAAGCUAACAUGGUUGAAAGUGCAAGCUGUGCCCAGAACAAACAGAAGUGUAUUCAUGCAGGGUUGUUAAAAAAAAAAAAAAAGAGAACAUUUAAGUUAAUCCUGGGUGUAA